AUGCGAGACCUCCUCAUAACAAGUCUAACUGGCUCUGGAAAGCUGAAAGGGCUGCACUGGAACAACACAGAUGAGAUAUUCUACACAUUAAUCUACUUAUCUGGAAUCACUUUGCCUCUAAAGGCCAGAGAAAAAUCACAGCUUCCUUGUCGGAGGGGAAAAGGACAGGUGAUCUGGGGAAAACGCAGCUACACCUGGAGCAAGGUCUCUUCCCGGCUUGGCAAUCCCAACUGUGCCGGAGCUACAGGACCAGAGCCGUCCCAGAAACCAAAGGGCAGACACGGCAGCAAACGCCUGAGGACUGAGAAGACGUCAAGGUCCAGACACUCGUCAUUAACACCUACUCACAACCGAUUCCCCCACCCACUUUGGCCUCACCAAGAUUUGGCCAGCAGGAGAAAUAAAUGUCAUUUUGCUACCAUCCUCUGCUCAACCUCCAACAGAAAAACCCACAUUGCCCAAGUACAAAGCAUGAAAUACUGCUGGCCUACCCUGACUUUUCAGCUAUUCUCCUUGCAUAUAGUAAAUGACUCCCCAGGUGACAUCAUCUUAAAGUCUGAGACACAAAAAAGGACCCAAGGUUCUAUAUGCUUGAAGAAUUGCAUGGCAAUAUAUUUAGUUAACUUUUUCUAUUUUAUUAGAAAAAAUAGACAAUUCAAUUGUCGAUGUGAUCGUUUCAGGCUUCCCAGCCUCUCCAUUCUGAUAUCAUCCUAUAUACCACAACCUCCACCAGAAAAGCAGUAUGGUACUGGGAAAAAGAGAUCUAAAGGCAGAAGACUAGGGCUUCACUCUCAGCACUGUUAACUGAGUGACUUGGCUAAGUCACUGAAAUUCACUGAAACCGCAGUUUCCCCUUCCGUCAAAGGGAUAUAACAAUAUCAGCUUCACAGGGUGCUGUGAAGGCAGCAAAUGAGAAAAUGAAAGGGAGCAUCCUUUUAAAUUAUAAACAGAGAAUAAGGGAGAGGGGAGGGGGAAGGGGAGAGGAGGAAGAAAGGAAACAAUCUGCCCUCCCUCACCCCUUCACACUAGGUAAAAUAAAAUGUUUAGACAGAAAAACCUAAAGAAAAGGAUCCAAAUAAAAUAUUCUUAGGAACUGUCAAAGGGAGAAGACACUGGAAUCUCCAAAUCUGGCCAAGAGCUCAGCCUGAGCAGCAUGUUUUGAACUCCUGAGUCCAUGGAACCCUGCACUAAAGCUUUGGGACUCUGACCUGCAGAAAAAAAAAAAAAAAAUGCUUCCCUCAGUUCAUUCCCUGUAGUUUAAAAACAAGAGCAACUGAAGGGCAAGCUUCGGGGGCAAGGGGAGACAAACACUUCAGACCAUUAACUUACUUCAUCCCCAUUGGAAAUCAACUUCGGGAGAACAUGUCAGCUUUGUAUGUUCUUCUUGGUCCCACUCAAAUGGGAAGUUCUGCUCAAGGCCGGAAAUAGAAAACAGGAAGUCAACAGAACUGAUUUUCCUAACUGCCCAAAUGCAAAUCACCACACCCCGUUAUGGAUGAGAAUUAGAGUAAAAUGUAAAUUUCCUUUUAAAAAGAAGUUCACAUGCUAACUGUGUACAGAAAACAUCCUACUCCAGGAAAGAAAGAAAGAGAGAGAGAGAGAGAGAGGAAAGAUCCAUCAGCUUCCUUCCUUAAUAAAGGAGGAUUGACAGAGCUGGACUGACAGUGAAGUAAAGGUUACCGAGGGUGUGCUCGUCAGAACCACACUGCCACUAAAAAUAAUGAAGUGUCCCACUUUGAUGCUGACACUAUUCUCCAAGCUGGUUCCUCUAAAGGUGCUUUUCCUCAAGGGAAGCAGAUACUAAAGGGACAACUUUCUCAUUACCAUUCAGACUAUUUUCUUAGAGUCCCAUGUUUGAAACUUUCAAGUUGAAACUCCAAGCUCCACCCCCUGCAUACAGACUUCUUAGUCAGUUUCUAUCACAUACCAUCAUAUCUACCUUAUUUGCAUCAGUCAUAAAUUCUGCUCAUUCUUCUAUCACAGCUCCUCUGACAUUUGCCAGACCUCACCAUUUCCUCAGCCAUUUCUGGUCUGAAUCAUCAGCUCCCCAUGCCUGCAGCCUGCUUUCUUCUAUAAACAUACCAGAUGAAUCUUUCCAGCAUGCUGCUUCCCGUGCCCCCAAGUCUGCCACAGCUCCCUACUACCUAUUGAUCACAUCUGA